AAAGGUUCUUAUUGCUUCUGCAAAGACGGGAGCCUGAACGUCUGUACUCAGGGCAAAUAUUUUCUACAUUACGAGACUGUUUCUCUAAGCUAGUCGUCGUCAAGUAGUUUGUUGUCGUCUGGCAGUUUAGUUAAAUACCAUCGAAGGACCAAAGGUCAGACGCGGAGUGAUGGCAGAUAAUAAUACACAGUUCUGUGGUAAUUGCAAGCAUGACAUUCCCGAGGCCAAUUUCACCACCCAUGAGAUCCACUGUAAAAGAAACAUUGCACUCUGUGAUGUUUGCCAGGAGCCAGUCCCUCACUCAGAGCUUCAGGAGCACAAAAUUCAAGAGCAUACACAGAUUAUAUGCAAGUGUGGACUAAAGAUUGAGAAGAAUCAAAGUGAAAUGCAUCAGAGCUCUGAGUGCUCUCAGCGGCUGGUCCCAUGUCCGUACUGUGACCUGGAGCUUGUUUUCAGCCAGUCCAAAGAGCACGAGGAUUAUUGUGGUGCACGCACCGAACCUUGCCCGAACUGCAAGUGCAAUGUAAUGCUGCGUGAAAAAGCUGUGCAUCCAGUCUUAUGUGGAAGCCUCACACCACCCCAAGAGAGGAACAACAAUAGGAUGGGCUGCGGUCAGGUAGAGAGCCGGUCUUCAGAUGACUGGUUUGAGGCAUACUCGAUCAGAAACCUCCUAAGAGCCCAAGCUGGAGCCCCUAAGAAUAAUAACAUCAGCGCAGCGGAACCUCGUUACUUUCAACGGCCAUUUAUGUCCUCAGUUUACAGCGGUUCAAGUGGGGAUAAGGAAACAGAAAGCUGGAAGAGUUCAGCAUCUCAUAGCACAACAUCUAACCUUUUUUUGGGACAAGGUGACUUUCUUCAUGGCAGCAGCAGUGAGCACCCUCCUGAUGAGGAGUCAUCAGGCCUCGACUAUGACUAUAUGUUGGCCCUCAGCCUCCAGAGUGAUGGAGAAUCAGCAGCUGGAGGUGCAGAGGACAGCAUGUGGAGGAAUAUCUGGGAGCCCGAAGACAAAAAGACAAACUCUUCAGAAAUCUCUUCAUUUCCUCUGGCCCAAAAUAAAAACACAAACUCAACAGAAGGGACGAGUGCAGUCCAGGCCACCGGCCAGACAGAUACAAUGCUGCCUUGUGAGUUUUGUGAGGAGCUGUUUCCAGAAGAGGACCUAAUUCUGCAUGAGACCGGAUGCAGUCCCGCCUCUGCAUUUGCAUCUUUUAGCAAGAAGCGGUCUUCACGUAAAGGUGACAGGAUGGGCAGGAAUGCUUCAUCAGGGCUGAUGCAGAGCUUUCCAGACUCGCUCGCGUCCAACAUUCCCACCUUCCCACGAUCAGUCUCCCCAGCCUCCUACAGUCCUCCUGCCAGUCCACUAGAGGGCGACGUGGUUAUUCCGUGUGAAUUCUGUGGCGUGGCUCUGGAGGAAGCUGUUGUGUUUCACCAUCAGGACAAAUGUGACAUGCGGACCGAGGCUGGCCAACAACUGAAUAACAGGGUAAAACCAUCCGCCCAUAAACCUCUGAGCCCUUCUAAAGAUGCCUUUGGACAGAUGUCUCCAGAUUUCCAGAGAAGAAUAAAGCACCAAGACUUUUGGGACACAACACCUGGGCAAACCUCUGGACGACGGGGAGGGACCAGGUCCAACGAUGAUGUCGAGGAAGAAGAGGGGGCUCCUUUCUUUCACUGUGACUCUGACACGCCUGGUUCUGAACCAUUAGAGGGAUUUCAUAUGCCAGAAAACAAAGAAGGGACAGGGAGCAGAACAAAGCCUCCCAAGAAGCAGAAUGAGGAGCAGUAGGAAGGGUGAGAGAAAUGGAAACGUCUGGAGAAAUGGAAAGCAUUGCACCUUUUUCUCUGCUUCAUCUGUUUUUGCACACUUUUAAACAGUAUAGAAAAACCAACCUAAGUGCCUUUGAAAACUUAAGUAUACUACAGUUUAUACUGUAAUGAUUUUUACAGAUAAUGUCUGAUUUGGUUUUAUUCUUUCAUUUUCAGUUUAAUUAAUUCAGUUUUAUUUUUAUUUUUGUAACAUUAAGAAAUUAGGAAAUGUAUUUUGUUAACAUUGUAUUAGUUUUUAAUUGCCUAAGUCCUGGUUCAUAGGGGAUCACUGAGGUCAUCUAAAACGGACCCAGCUAAAGUUAAUCUGCACCUUGUUUCGGCUGCCAGGGACAUCUUGUUUUCAUCCUUCUGUGCCAGCUACUCCAGGUUCUUCCUUUGUUCCUCUGUGUUUCUGUCUUCAUCCAGCGUGAAUCACUUAUAGAGACUUUUUAAAAAGACAAUGCUGGGAACAGAUUAGAUUUCUUUUUGGAUGUUUCUCUGACCAAGAUAGUAGUAAUUUCUAAACAUUAUUCUCACAUAUACUCUUUACCAUUCGUCUUUUGGGAUUUUCUGUAACUAAGCAGUGAUACUGUUUUAUAUUUUUAAUUCUAACCUAUAAAUACAGUCUUGUUUUAUUAUAUUGAGUCGGCUUUAAAACCAUAAUAUGAUGUUUUAUGUGUUUAAUGCAGUAGAAAUAUGUAAUAGCAGGCCAGAAAGGCUUUAGUUAGUAGAGCUGCUGCUAAUCCAUGAGAACAUCUUUCAUUGAGGAUUUAAUGCACUUAUGCACACAGCUGAAUAUUCUUGUUAAACAACUGAUGUAAUACCCUUUGUCUUUUGCUGUGAUUAAAUAGUUUAAUAAGGAUAA